AUGUGCUCGCUGCAGGAUGACAACCACAACACUCCAGAACCACCCCCCUCUAAGGAGGCGGGGUUACACCAUCAGCCAAUCAGAGCCUGCGAUCCCGGGUGUCCAACCUAUGGGGUGGCCAUGGCUGUGCAGGGGGAGGACAUGGGGUGGUCCGGGAGGGGCCGCGUCCGUGGGAGGAGUGCACGUGUCCAGAGAGGCUGGGAACCCGCGAGCGUCCAGCUGCCGAGGCGCCCGCCCGGUGUCCGAGUCCAGCUGCCCAGUGCGGUCUUGGACUGGGCAAGGCAGGCGAUCGUCCGCCGAUGCCUCGCGCAGACCGGGCGGGGAGGAAAGUUUCUGGCCCGCGCCAGAGUGGAGACAGCCACGGCAGGGAGAUGCUAUGCAAGACAGGAGGGUGACACUGUGCUAAGAAGGGGACAACCGGAGGGCUGCGCGGGCAGGACGGGGUCCCGGGCGCGGUCCCCCGGAGGCGAACCGCGGGGUGCGCUGUCCAAGGUGCAAGGGAGGCGGUUGGUGCGUGGCAGGCGCGGAGCCGGAGCGGACACUAGCCAGCCAGCGGCAAAAAGAGCGGAGAGCAGCUGUUUGGGGCGCCGGGCACCCCCAGCUCAUAAAAGUGCGGGAGCCCGGGGAGCGGUGGCGAAGGGCGCAGGGGGCUCCCCCACUCCGCUGCCUUCCAGCCUCACCUCCAGCUCCGUUCCCCUCCCCCCUCGCCCACUCCUCUCCGUGCCUUGUCCCCGGGCCGCGGCGGGGGCGGGACCGGGAACCCGGCCCCCCACCCCCCGGACUGCCAGUCCCGACGCCCCGGGGAUGCUGCGGGCCGCGGAGCCGCUUACCUGGGGCCACGGUGCGGGGAUUCAAGGCAAGCGAGCGCGGGGCGCGGCGCGGCUCCUCCUCGCCUCGGCGUCUCCUCCGGAUCGCGCUUCUGCCGGACUCCGUCCGGGGCUCAGAGCAGCCAGACGGGGCCAGACUGCGGCCGCCGCUCGCGCCGCCGCCGCUGCCGCAGACAGAGGACGCCCCGUGGCGGCUGGAAGCCUGUUUGCCACAAAGCAGUCAAAUAUUAACUUCUUCAGAAACACAGGGCUGUGACAGAGAGCCUGGAGGCAAAC